AUGGGGUUCGACAAGCUUAUCAAGAGCAGCGCGUACUACAGUCGCUUCCAGACCAAGUACAAGCGCAGAAGAUCCGGCAAGACCGACUACUACGCACGUAAGCGAUUGAUCACCCAGGCCAAGAACAAGUACAACGCCCCCAAGUACCGCCUGGUCGUCCGCUUCACCAACCGCGACAUCAUCACCCAGAUCGUCACCUCCGAGAUCAGCGGUGACAAGGUCUUCGCCGCUGCCUACGCCCACGAGCUCCGUGCCUACGGUAUCGACCAUGGUCUCACCAACUGGGCCGCUGCCUACGCCACUGGUCUUCUGCUCGCCCGCCGUGUCUUGAAGAAGCUUGGCCUUGACGAGCACUUCACUGGUGUCGAGGAGGCCGAUGGCGAGUACACCCUGACUGAGGCCGCCGAUGUCGACGGUGAGGAGCGCCGCCCCUUCAAGGCCUUCCUUGAUGUCGGUCUUGCCCGUACCUCCACUGGUGCCCGUGUCUUCGCUGCCAUGAAGGGUGCUUCCGACGGUGGUAUCUUCGUUCCCCACUCCGAGAACCGUUUCCCCGGUUACGAUAUCGAGGGUGAGGAGCUUGACGCCGAGACCCUCAAGAAGUACAUCUUCGCCGGUCACGUCGCCGAGUACAUGGAGACUCUGGCUGAUGAUGAUGAGGAGCGCUACAAGUCCCAGUUCCAGCAAUACAUCGAUGACGAUGUUGAGGCUGAGGGCCUUGAGGACCUCUACACCGAGGCUCACGCCGCUAUCCGUGAGGACCCCUUCAAGAAGCACGAGACUGAUGCCCCCAAGAAGAGCAAGGACGAGUGGAAGGCCGAGUCCAAGAAGUUCAGGUCGAAGAAGUUGACCAAGGCUCAGAAGGAGGAGAAUGUCAAGGCCAGAAUUGCCGAGCUCCGCAGCGAGUAA